CAGAUAACCUUUGGAGCGCACUGAAGUCUUGCGCAUGGAAGGCAGGGCACUUCCUGUUUUUCCUCAGAUCUUUUCUUGCUUACCAGAGAGCGCUUUCUAUAUUGAGUAAUGGGGAAACAGGCAUCCACCCACCGAACUAGUAACGUUAGGUCUGCACUUAUGGACAAAUGAAUCACAGGAAAUAUUGAAACAAAGUGGUUUUGUAGUUUAACGAUGGACUCGAUACGUCAAGCGUGAAUAGUGAGACCCAACAAGGGGUACUGCUAACUACCUCCACGCUAGCAAGGAUAACCAGCUAGUGAACGUAAGCUAGCUAACUUGGUACAAUCAGCUACGAUUUACUGUUGUGAAUGGUGAAACGUUACCUAGCUCUUCUCUGAAAGGUAUUUCCUCAACCAGGAAAGAGCAGCAUGCGGAGAGAGCUGCAUCCGCUCUAGAAUGAAGAAGAGCCCGGCGCACCGCUGCAGGGACAUCGAGAGGCAAGCCGGUUACCUGCAGCCCGAGCACUGCGCCCCUCCCCCGACCCGCCCCAGUUCCGACGCCAUGUGGUUCAUCCGCGACUGCUGCGGCAUCGCGUGCGGCGUCAUCACCUGGUGCCUGGUGUUCUACGCCGAGUUCGUGGUGCUCUUCGUCAUGCUGCUGCCCGCCAAGAACCUGCUCUAUAGUCUAGUCAACGGGGCACUGUUCAGUACCCUCGCCUUCCUCGCUCUGGCUUCGCACGCCCGGGCCAUGUGCACAGACCCGGGUGCGGUGCCUAAAGGGAACGCGACCAAGGAGUUUAUCGAGAGCCUGCAGCUCAAGCCCGGUCAGAUGGUCUACAAAUGUCCCAAGUGCUGCAGUAUCAAGCCUGACAGAGCUCACCACUGCAGUGUGUGUAAACGCUGUAUCAAGAAGAUGGACCACCAUUGCCCAUGGGUAAACAACUGCGUAGGAGAGAAGAACCAGAAAUUCUUUGUGCUUUUCACAAUGUACAUUGCACUGAUAUCCCUCCAUGCCUUGGUCAUGGUUGCCUUCCAUUUUAUCUUCUGCUUCGAGUCAGACUGGACGAAGUGCAGUACAUUCUCUCCUCCUGCGACUGUCAUCCUCCUCAUCUUCCUCUGCUUUGAGGGACUCCUCUUCCUCAUUUUCACCUCAGUGAUGUUUGGGACCCAGGUCCAUUCCAUCUGUACCGAUGAGACGGGCAUAGAGCAGUUGAAGAAGGAGGAGAGAAGAUGGGUUAAAAGGACAAAGUGGAUGAACAUGAGGGUGGUAUUUGGCCAUCCGUUCUCCAUAGCCUGGCUAAGUCCCUUUGCAACCCCCGACCACGGGAAGGCAGACUAUUACCAGUACGUUGUCUGAGAAGAAGAAGCCAAGCUCCAGCACCCGUGCUUACCAGCCUGUCUUUCAGGGUGCGGACUGAUGAUGCGUACAGGCGAAGGUGUUCCCACCGCCUGACUUCACUGAGCAUUAACUCUUGACACUUCUUCUCCUUUUCUGUUUUUGAUCAUUUUUAAAUAUCAGGGUCUUCUUUGUGAAAAACAUCUUUCUGCCUGUUUUUAAUACUUGUCACUUAUUUUAGUUUUCUUUGCCUGGUGCUGAUUUUGAUACCUGUAUGAAAAACAAGUUAUUUUCCCUUCUGUUCACAAUCACAGCCAAGCCCUGCAAAACCAUCAACUGUAAAAUGAGUCUCUGCUUCUCUCAGGUUUAACAUGAAAGAGAGCACUUACUGAUGUAACCUAGCCAGAGACUGAAUCUGACGUGGCUAUAAACUAGGCUCUACCUUUGGGAUAGAAAGGGUAGACACUCUUAAACCCAACGUACAGUAUUUCCUGUAUUUGUUCAUGUCCCGUUUGAGGACUAGGCCUAAACAAAGCAAACGCAUGACCUGAAUUCAGAUUGGCUUUUCAGUGGACGAAAACGAUCAGUUCCAAUAGGCAUAUUUUCUCUUCCAAUGUUGCAGUACCUCAGCCUUUCUAUAAAGUAUGCUUUAUGGUAUGAGCUAUAGCCUUUGGUGCCAGGCCACGCUGUUGAUGUGCUACCGACCCACAAGGCAUUACAUUUGCUGUUUAGAACAGCCAAAUCUGUUGCUGCAAGCUGCAGAGUCUUUGCCUUAUAGGCAUGCGCGGCUGCUCACCUCCCGCAGGACUGCCGCACAGAAGAAAUGCCAGGCCGCGCAGACUCCAGAGAUUGAACUUCACCGAGUUCACCCCAUUAGGUUGCACUACAUACAUAGAUCAACGUUUUUUCUGUGAUCGAAUCAACAUUAUAAACUGGGAUGUUCGAGCCCUGAAUGCUGAUUAGCUGACAGCUAUAUCAGACUGUAUACCACGGGUUUGACAAAACAUGUAUUUUUACUGCUCUAAUUACGUUGGUAACCAGUUUAUAA